ACAGCUGCGCCACCACUCCAGCGAAGGCGGCCACUCGACUGCGGUAACCCUAUUGGCCCAUCCAGGGAACGCGAGACUACCCGAGAACGAUUAUAGCCAAUCGGAAGGCGGCGCGCUCGCGCGCCCCCCCACGCAGUGUUGGCGGUACGCGUGCGGAGCUUCUGAGGAGUAGACCAAGUGGAGUAUGCAAGCACUGGGUUCUUCUACCAAGAGAUAGUAGGGACCGUUUGCGUCAGCCUCCUGUUUAGAAAUCAUGUUAGGUAGAUCUAGACGUUUGAAAUUCGCUCUUCUCCCUCCCCUGGCUUAGGGUAGGUGGGACAGUUAUCACUGAGGUGAAGUACUUCCCGGCCAGGGUCCACCCGGGCCCUGGGGUCUCGGUGGCUUGGAGUCGGAGAAAAGCCCGAUCGGCGUGGAAGCCCGCCUCGCCAACGAGCGGGCAGAGCGCAGCCCUCUAAUCUGGCACGCUCGGAACUCCCCGUGGUGGGCGGCAUGGAAAACGCAGUGGAGUCGGCGUAGGUGAAGCACAGCAGUGGGUUCCCCGACGGCACCUUCGGCGGAGGCUGCACGAGGACGGUAACACCGCCGAGCCUUCGGCCGGGUGAGUGGUAGCCGGACUCCAGCACUUGCAGCCUCCCUUCUUCUUUCACCAACGUGCGGUCCCAGGCUGGGGAAGGGACCGCGCGCGGGUGCACUGAGUUCUUAACCCCAUUUUAGUUUCUGUCUCUCGGUGCACACCGUAAUGAAAGGUGAUUCCUAAGCAGCUGGAAACAGGCUGUAAAAGAGGCUGCGAGAAAUGGACUGCAGUAUAAAAUCCAGAAGCAGAACUGGAAGGUUAAACCACUGACCCAUUUCACAGAAUGUUUUACGCAUUUGUGGAUCAAAAGAUGGAGUUGUUUUCUUUUUUAAAAAAGAUAUUGUCAAUGAUCUGAUACGACUGUAAAUACUCACUCGAUGAAGAUGCACGGACUUGUCACUAUGUUCGACUAUUUGUCUUUUCUGAAAAUUUCUUCAACCACAAUUUCUAUUUGAAAAUUCAAGUAUCAAAGAAUAUUCGAUUUAGAAUUGUGUAGUUAUGCAUUUUGUCCAAGAACUACAAAUUUCAUAGAGACCACCUUUGGAUUCCAGUUACAUUCUCCAGUCAAAGUGAUUCAUAUCAUUCAUCCUUUGAUAAAGUUAAUUUUGAAGUGUUUUAUACUUUACAAAGGACGUCAAAAGAUGGGAGAGAAAAAUGGUGAUGCAAAAACUUUCUGGAUGGAGCUGGAAGAUGAUGGAAAAGUGGACUUUAUAUUUGAACAAGUGCAAAAUGUGUUGCAGUCACUGAAGCAAAAGAUCAAAGAUGGGUCUGCCACAAAUAAAGAAUACAUCCAAGCAAUGAUUCUGGUGAAUCAAGCAAGUGUAAAUAACAAUUCAGCACUAAUAAAGGAUGAUAUACCUGUGACUCCGAAUGAACAGGAAAACAAAUCAAGUUCGUUGCCCUCUACAUCAUAUGAAAACUCCUUUCCAGAAGACUCCACAUUCCAAUCCACAGAAAAUAAGGAAAUUCUUCCUUUGGAAAAUGAAGUUGCAGACUUAAGAGAAAAAGAGUCACCUUUGAGUUUAUCUUACCAAAAUCAUGACUGCUCUGGUGCCUGUCUGAUAAAAAUGCCACUGACGUUCAAGGGAGAAAACCCUCUGCAGCUACCAAUGAAAUACCACUUCCAAAGACAGCAUGCGAAGACAAACUCCCAUUCUUCAGCACUCCAUGUGAGUUAUAAAACCCCUUGUGGAAGGAGUCUACGAAACGUGGAGGAAGUUUUUCGUUACCUGCUUGAGACAGAGUGUAACUUUUUAUUUACAGAUAACUUUUCUUUCAAUACUUAUGUUCAGUUGACUCGGAAUUACCCAAAGCAAGAAGAGAUUGUUUCUGAUGUGGAUAUUAGCAGUGGAGUGGAAUCGGUGCCCAUUUCUUUCUGUAAUGAAAUUGACAAUAGAAAGCUUCCACAUUUUAAGUACAGAAAGACUAUGUGGCCACGAGCAUAUUAUCUAAACAACUUUUCCAACGUGUUUACUGAUUCAUGUGACUGUUCUGAGGGCUGCAUAGACAUAACAAAAUGUGCAUGUCUUCAACUGACAGCAAGGAAUGCUAAGACUUGUCCCUUGUCAAGUAAUGCCAUAACCACUGGAUAUAAAUAUAAAAGACUGCAGAGACAAAUACCUACUGGCAUUUAUGAAUGCAGCCUGUUGUGCAAGUGUAAUCGACAGAUAUGUCAGAACCGGGUUGUCCAGCAUGGUCCGAAAGUGAGGCUGCAGGUGUUCAAAACUGAGAAGAAGGGGUGGGGGGUACGCUGCCUGGAUGACAUUGACAGAGGGACAUUUAUUUGCAUUUAUUCAGGAAGAUUACUAAGCAGAGCUAACACUGAGAGACCUGAUGCUAUUGAUGAAAAUGGGAAAGAAGAGGAUUCUAUGAAAAAUACGCUUUCAAAAAAGAGGAAAAUGGAUGUAGCGUGUUCAGAUUGUGAGGUUGAAGUUAUCCCGUUAGAACUGGAAACACAUCCUAGAAGGGCUGAAACUGAGGAAUGUCCAUCGAAGUUGAGUAAUGAAUCCAAAGAGCCCACUGCGGAAAUGGAGUGUAACAAUAUUUCAAGAAUUCAAUAUCAUUCAGUCAUUAGAAGUCCUAAAACCAAGACAGCCAUUUUUCAACACAAUGGAAAAAAGCUGGGAUUUGCUUCCCCAGAGUCUGUCACCUCAGAAGAUGAUAAUGGGUGUGAAUCAGCCCUCGUACAUCUGAACUCUGAAGCCAAUGAAGCGAAAAAGGACUCAAUCUCAGACCAAGUUGAAAAUUCUGACGACAGUCUGCUGAUUGAAUCAGAUGUGAUAGAUAUAACUAAAUGUAAAGAAACCCCACCAGAGGGCAGGUGUAACCAAGCAACCACGUUGGAUAAUCAGAGGAUAAUAAGGGAGUUGGAGGGUCAGACACAAAAUCCCCAAGAGGAAAAAUCUCCAGAAUCUCAAAAUCAGCAGGUCUUUUGUGGUGAAGAGUUGCCAAGUGAAACCAAAUAUACUUCGUCCAAUGAUCUAAGGAAGUUCAAUAAAGGGAGUGUAUUUUUACUGGAUGCCACAAAAGAAGGAAAUGUGGGCCGCUUCCUUAACUUGUUGCCCGAAUCUCCUGGUGCAGAAUGUCUUUGUAGAAACACACGACAGGAAUUUUCCAUUGGUGGCAUUCUUCACCAACAGGUAUGUGAAAGCAAGAACAGAACUAACAUGGGAUUAUGGUUAUGAAGCUGGGAGUAUGCCUGAGAAAGAAAUCCUCUGCCAAUGUGGGGCUAAUAAGUGUAGAAAAAAAAUAUUAUAAAUAUGUAGCUUGUGCUUGUUCAUGAAAUUAGUUUGUGGAGUUGAAAUUAGAGCCAUGCAGAAGAAUCUUCAGUUGUGGAAUUAAUUUAAGUUUUGGUCCAUCAAGCUAAUUCCUCUCAAUUUACCCUCAUCAGGGGCUCAUGUUUUAUUUCUGAUUUUGUUUGUGUGAGUUAGAAAUGCUUGGAACAAAAUUAGGAUACAUUUAGGGCAUCUCUUUAUUCUUACUUUAUUUAACUUCACACAAGUAGAAUGGAAGUGUAUAUUUGAAAUUCACUGUACAAUUUGUAACUUAUUUGUAAAUUGUAAAUACUAGGAGAAACAAAUAUCACAGUAGAAUUCAGCUGUUUCUUAUUGUUGCUUUGUGGUUAUUAUCUUUUAAUUCAUGCCCCAAAGAGCCAUAUUUCACUUCUUUACCUACAGAAAUUUAUUUAUGUUUAAUUCCUAGCAAAUCAUUUACCAUCAUGAGACCCACGUUGUUAUCAGGUUAAUUUUAGUUACGCAAUUAAGUCUUCAUAAUAAUGUCCAGUUACUUGUUCUGUUUUUUGUUUGCAUCAAUAUAUAUUUAGUAUCUUCAUUGCUUCCUAACCUGCUUUUGGCCCUUCUUUCAUCUUCUUUUACAUUUAACGUUGUUUAUGCAUUCAUCCCCAGUCUGAGUCCUUCUUCUAUGAUGUGCUUUUAAACCGGAGCAGUAUCCUUAAAUCAUGGACUAGUCUUGUGUGACAGUUUUUACAAAGACCUUUAUGGGGUGGCUGGUUCAAAAGUAGACCCUAUCAAGGUAAUUGCAUUAGAGAAACAGAAGAUAAAGCAAUGUUGUGUAUAUAGUGGAGAAAGCCCUAAGUUAACGAAACCUACAAUCCAAGUCUUAACUCCUAGCAUUUACUGGCUGCGUAGCCUUGGACAGAAUCACUUAAUAUUUAUAAACCAAAAAAACCUGUUGCCGUCAAGUCGAUUCCAGCUCGUAGAUACCCUAUAGGACAGAGUAGAACUGCCCCAUAGGGUUCCCAAGGAGUGGCUGGUGGAUUUGAACUGCCAACUUUUUGGUUAGCAGCCGAUCUCUUAACCACUGUACCACCAGGGCUUCUAAUGUUUAUAGACCUCUAAAAAUCAAGUUUAGAUUUCUGUAUAGAAACAUGGAAAGAGUACUUUCCAACUUGUUUUAUAAAGCUAGUAUAACCUUGAUAUCAAAAAGUUGACAAGGACAGUCUAAAGCAGGAAAACCAUAAGCCAAUAUUACUCAUGAAAAUAGAUCCAAGAGUCCUGAAACAAAUGUUAGCAAAUAGAAUCCAACAGUGUAUAAAAAAGACCAAGUUAGGGUUAUAUCAGGAACACACGGUUAGUUUCACAAAAGAAAACCAACUAAUGGAAACUUUAGGAGGCAAAAUAAAGAGGACAGCGUAGGUUUGAGUCUUUCCAGAUCCACUCAUAAAAAGAGCAAAUAGGAUAGCAAAAGAAGAUAAUCCACUGACAACAUUUUCCCCAAAGCUAGUGACAAGAUAGCUCCAAAACUCAGAAUAUGAGUGGUUGGGGCCAAAUCACCACCAACAGCAAGAUUCACCCAAGACUAUUGGGCUUGUAGCAGCUGUGUGGAGAUAGCAGCGGGAAGAAAAGAAGGGAUUUUCAGGGUUCUAAGACCUCUAGGACACAGUAUUAACAACAAGUGCUCACCUAUGAGAGGAGAGAACCCCACUCAGAAUGGAAUCCUCAGCAAAAAGAUCUGAGAACAACAGCAAAGCUGGCAGAAGUCUCCUCAGGCACCUGUUUUGGAUGAAUGCAAUAAAGUCCACGAAAACUUAAUACUAAAGAGCCAUGGGAAGAUCAGACUUACUAGGACAGCUAAGCCCUCUAGGAUCUCAGAAAUACCCAGUAAGAACUACCUUCCAAUCUAGGACAGGGACCAAUCCUAAGGAGGGUGUGUGUGGUCAUUUUCAGUAAUAAAAGAGGAGGGAACCUGUAGACUACGAAGCUAGGAAAGCUACCUUUGCUCACCUUCCCCUUAAGGUCCUUCCUCCUUAAGUUCUGUUUCAUUUAAAUACAAACAAAAGAUUGUGACCAAACACCCUACAAAGAUAUUAGAAACGAGGAAAACGGAAAAUAAUGUACCAAUAAGAUCAUGAAUGCUUAUCGGAAAAUUAUGGCCACAAAGCAGAUGAAAACUAACCUGUUUUUAUAAAAGUAAGUCCAAAGACUUAGAAAACUACCGAAGUUGUGAAAGAGCAGCAUAUACUAUAAAUGGGCAUUAAAGCGACAAUCGGAUACCAUUACACCCCCACUCCAUUGGCAGAUUUUAAAAUUUUGAGUGUUAAAAAGAAGGAACACGUUGGAAAACAGUUCUCAGUAAAGUUGAACUGUGCAUACCCCAUAAUCCAGCAGUUCUACUCCUAGAUGUAAACUAUGGAGAAACUCUUUAAACGUUGUACCUGAAGACAUGUACCAUAAUAAUUAAAGUAAUACUGGUAAUUAAAAACCUGGAAAAAAAAAUCCAUUGGAAGCAAGGAUAAAUUGUGAUAAACCAUUUGAGAGGAGGGGGAAAAUUCUAUUAUGAGGAAGGUUCUGGCAAACUCUGAGAUGAAAGUUCUUUUCCACCAAUUCUUUUCACUAAUACAAACACAGAAGCAGAGGGAACAGGAACCUGGAGGAACUGGAAUAUUUUCUUCUAGGCAGAGACGAGCCGUAAGAAAGGAAACCUAAACACUAGUCUAACUUAGGCCAGAGUUCUACUGAGCUGCAAAGUCUUCAUCAGCCCCUUGGAAUCUGCUGGGCAUGAUUGGCACAUUGUUUUUCUAAAGAAAAAGAAAGAGUUACUUUGCUACUCCUGUUCAUCUAGUGGGAAAGGAGACUGGGAGCCCCUAAGAGUCAAAGCUAAUUUUAUUCAGUAGCAAAGAUGUACAUUUGGCUGCCAGGAACUUCCCCUUGGAACCGAAAUGGUAAUACUAAUUUGAAUA